AUGGUCUUGCAUGUGUCUAAACCAUCAACCAGCACAACCAUCAUAUUCACAGAGGAUAUAACAAAUGAAGAUGAGCUGCUCUCUGUAGUGACAGACAGUAUGAAGGAAGGCACCCCCACUCCUGAGCUCAUCGCAAAAGAUGACACUAUCAUUGAUGGAGAUACAAUCUCCAUAGCACCCUCCUCCUCAGUUUACCCAACCAUCCAGACAGAGGAAGCUGGAGGUGUCACAGCAGUUACAAUGACACAAACACUGGAGGCAACAGUAGAAACGGAGGGUUCAGGGACUGAUGGUGCCACUUUCUUUACCUCUUCACCAGUUACACUAAAUGCAACCUCAGCCACUGGUUUGUCAUUAGAUUCAACAUAUUUUGAAUACUCACAGUCGACUUCAAAGCCAACAUCUACGGAACAUGUUUCUGCUAUGGAGACAUCGACUGAAGAGACACUCGCAUCAUCACUACAGGCCACCCCAGCUACCACUGUUUUCACAAGCUCUGAAGAAACAUAUGAUUUAACGACACCAAAAACUGUUUUCCCCAUUGAGACUCACACCAAACCAGUUACAGGGCUGUUGGAGGAAGAUAUAUCAAGGGAGGACACCACUGGUAAUGUCACCGAUUCUAUAACGGAGAUUGCCACAUCCUCAUCUUUGCCCUUUCAAACCUUACCUGAUUCAACAGACAUCAGCGUCACUCCAGCGUCCAGUGAGGAGUAUAUGUUCAUCCAUUUCAACACAAGCCACUGUAUCUUCAGUAACUGUCACACCACACUCACCAGUGUCCACCGAACCUGGUGCUGUGAAACAACCAUUAAAGCAACUGAUGAUAAAUCUUCAAGUAGCGAUGAAUCUGAGGAAGGCUCUGCUGCGACUGAAUGGACAACAUCUAAAACACUAGUGACGUCAACUGUGUCCUCCCUGUUCAGCACUGAGAAAGCAACUGUUGCCUCUGAUGUGGAUGAGGAGAUUUCAGGUGAUGGAAUUAUAACAACAGUCAAGGCAGAACAAAUCUCUCCAACUUCACCUGGAACUGAGACAGGAGAGGUUGCAGAGCUACCAGCAAUUAGUUCCUCAUCCCUUUACAGCACAGUAAAACCAUCAGUCACUUCUGUCUCAGAUGUAACUCUGCACAGUACAAUACAAAUGGGCCAAAUGCUAUCCACAGCAACAUUAUCUCCUCCCCACCGCACUGAUACAUCAGUGCUCACAACAGAGGGGGCAGAUAUGGUGAGCUCUGGGGUAGAGAUUGUAGAUGCCACAACUGCGUCACCUGAGGCAAUCACAUCUGAGAGUGAAAAGAUGGUCGGCACCCCAAUAUCCCCUAUGAUCAGCACUGAGAAACCAAUCGAUGGAGUAAGAUCAACCCCAGCAAAUGAAGAAAGCACAAGAGAUCACAUCACCUCUGUGCGUACAAAAGAAUCAGUUUCUACAUCCACAGUUUCUCCUUUACAGAGCACUUCAGAGCCUGAUGUGAUGAUUCGGUUUGUCACCACCUUUGUCCCAGAACCAGAUACAACAACACUCAAGGUGUCCUUUGAACAGGCAAGGUCUGAGGUUGCAUUCAUUCAUCUUCCCCACACUGACACAUCCUCUGGGAAAACUGAGUUGACCACAACCAGCCCAUUAUUACCCACUGAGCAGUCUAGCCAGCGCUUCGAAUCUAGUGAUGUAGCUCUCCAGACUGGAGUUACAGCCACAUCACUGGAAGAUAAGUCAGCUGAACCACCAAGCCAAGCACCUGUAACUAAAGAAGUUCCAACUGAUGCUGAAGGGAGCUCAGAUAAAGUCACCGAAGUCAAGGAAACAUCUACUUAUUCUGGUACAACUUCUCCGUCUACAGAUGAAAUAUUACUUUCUAUAGGGACAGAACCUUCUGGGGUUGAAUCCAUGACUCCAGAAACUGCAACUGACAAAUCUGCAAAACCCGAAGAAGAAACAUCAGAGAGUUCAACUGUUUCACUUUCAAAGCAAACAAAAGAGACACUAUCCCAAACUACCUCUUCACUUUUCAGCACUGAGUCUCCAUUAGUGACAUCCAUAUCAGAUGUUACCGAUACAACGGAUGAUGCUAUUACACAAACACCUACUGGAACUACAGCCUCUUCUCUCUACAGCACGGAAAAGCCCACUUCAACAGUUCAGAGCAGCUCAACUGAUAUGUUCUCUGAGACAUCUUCGAUAUCAUCUUCAGCUGUUUAUAACACAGAGUCUCCUGAUAGUACAAAGAGUACAGCCUCUUCCCUGUUUAGCACAGAGAAACCUACAACAACAACUUCUCUCUACAGCAUUGAGAAGCUGAAUAUUACAACAGCAUUUACUACCAGACCUGCCCAGUCAGCUGAAACGUCUCCCUCUACAACUGAUGAAUCAAAACAAACUCCAGAUUUCCCUGUCACAGAAGAGGGGUCUUCUGGUGACCAAACCACUGAGGUGUUCACAGUGAAGCCAUCGGGGAUUGAGAGCAUCACAUUUGGAGAAGCAACAGGUGAAACUGAAACCUUUGUUUCAGUCACACCAACCUCUGAUGAUCAGGUUUCCUCACAGGAGGCCAAAAUCACGCCGGAUACCAAAACGGUCUCUGAAGUCACAUCAUCAGCAUCACCAAAAAUGGUGACAGAAGACAGUGAACAGACUGCCUCUCCCCACCCAGUCAUUAAGGAAACAACUGCUGACUCAAGUAAUGAAAAGACGUCAUCAGAGAGCUCGGAGAGUUCUGAAUCAACAGAAACGAAAAUUAUCAUUUCACCAGAAGAUGGUACAGGUGACAAGAUCCCCGGUAGCUUUGAUUCUGACUCUGUCGCUCCAACUGUUUCAUUCCCGUCUGCUACUAUGAAGAUAGAUAGUACCACCAGUAAUUUAACAUCAGAGAUUGAAAACACCCAAACUGAUCAUCCAGGAUCAUCUGCAUAUGAACAAACUUCAGGUCAGAAGUCAGCUGAGACCUUGAUCACUUUGGCCAGCACUGUCGAAUCAACAAAGACACCAACUUCUUUUGAGUCGGGAUCAACAGGUCCUGAACAUGAGGGGACACGAGAUUCCGACCUAACAAGAACACCUCUACCCACUGAUGUUACACAUGUUGCUGAAAUAUCUACAAGCCCAGACACUGAAGUACUUGCUGCCACAAUCUCCGCUGAACGCAUCUCAAUUGAACCUACUUCAAAUGUCCUUUCAGCAUCAACGCCAUCACAGCCUGAUGUUAUGGUCCACUUUGCUACAACAGUUUCCCAUGUGCAGCACCUAACACCAACUCCCCAGGAAUCAUUUGAACAAGUCAAGUCAGAGAUCACACUGACGCACCGACCUAACGCUGAUCUUUCCUCCCAGGAUUUGUCACUGACCACCACUCACCCUAUUUUUGAAAGUCGUGAAACAACUUCCUCAGUGGCUGAAGCUGAAAAAGGGACAGUUGAACCCACUCCUGAACAGGUCUCAAUUGAUGCAAAGACAAAGCCAUCUCCAAAAACUGAUGUCCAAGUAGCACCUAUUCAAGAUGAUGUUUAUCCAGCCCCAGAUUAUGACGCACAAGACCCCCACUUACUUGAAUCUGUUCCCCAACAAAAUAAAACUGCAACAACAGAAGAAGUAGCAACGUUCAUUACUACACCACCGUCUGUUUCUCAACUACCUGAGAGUACACUUGUUGACUCAGUGAGCAGUACUGAAAGUAGCUCAAGAGAAAAGGCAACUCAAUCACCUGUAGUAGCAGUAGAUAUCACUGUCUUGCCUUCUGCAUCAGGACCUAUCAGUGCAGCAUCGUCCUCUAGUUUGGAGAGUUCAGACAGCAGCAGCAGCUCAGAAGAAAACAUCACCACAGAGAGCACCAUCACGAUGGAUGGUAGCCUUCUAUCAGCCAUAACUAAAUCACCAUCCGUCCUCAGCAAUGAGACUGAAAAUGUCUCUGACAAGCCUGAAAGUGUGUCUGAAGAGUUCAUGACUACAAAGAAACCAAAGAUUGACAGUAUAGAGGAACAGUCUCUGUCCCCAAAUAAAAUCCAGACUGUAUUCAAGGUAAAUGCUACCACAGCACCAAAGGUGGAUUCUGGGAAUGUUAAUAAGACCUCUGGGAAAGAGGAAGUUGUUGAGGGAGAUGUCUCUUCUACUCCUGAAAUGUCCACAAGGACCCAUUCAGAGCUCACACCAGUGUCAUCAGCUCAGCCACAAAGCCAGUCAGCGUCGGUUCAAUCUGCAGCUACCUCUCCAUCAUCUUUCCAUGAUGAGGAUGAGAAACUGGACAGUGACUCAACUGCACUUCCAUCACAUAUUGAGGUUGAACAACCUCUAACAGGCGAAGAAUCAACCCCCGAGCCAGAUGCAAGACUCGAUUUGGGACACACUGUUGUUGGCGAGACUGUUGAGAUCCCAGGAAUUCACUCAUGUACAAAUGACAUUUGUCUGAAUGGAGGAUCUUGCCACAACAUUGGCAGCCUCUAUACGUGUAGCUGUCCUCCUGGGUACAGUGGUGAUCGCUGUGAGACAGAUAUCGAUGAGUGCCAGUCGAAUCCUUGCCGCAACGGAGGCACAUGUAUAGAUUGUCUGGCUUCCUUUUCGUGUGUGUGCCUCCCAAGCUACACCGGGCUGCAUUGUGAAGAGGAUACAGAAAUCUGUGAAUAUGGCUGGCACAAGUUUCAGGGCCACUGCUACAAGUACUUCCCCCAGAGGAGAAACUGGGACACAGCAGAGAGAGAGUGCCGCAUGCAGGGGGCUCAUCUCACCAGCAUCAUUUCCCACGAGGAGCAACAGUUUGUCAACCGUCUUGGACAGGACUACCAGUGGAUCGGCUUGAAUGAUAAGAUGUUUGACAGCGACUUCCGCUGGACUGACGGCCGGCCCAUGCAAUAUGAAAACUGGAGGCCUAACCAACCCGACAGCUUCUUCUCCUCGGGCGAGGACUGCGUAGUGAUGAUCUGGCACGAGGACGGCCAGUGGAACGACGUUCCUUGCAACUACCACCUCACCUACACCUGCAAGAAGGGCACAGUGGUCUGUAAUCAGCCCCCUCUGGUGGAGAAUGCACGAACCUUUGGCAAAAAGCGUGAGAGGUAUGAGAUCAACUCUCUGGUGAGGUACCAGUGCACGACAGGCUUCAUUCAGAGGCACGUCCCAACUAUCCGUUGUCGCGGGGAUGGACGAUGGGAUAACCCUAAAAUCACCUGCAAUAACCCAUCCAGCUACCAGAGGUCCUUUCACAGAAGACAUCAUCACAGCAAUCUCUACAGCAUCAACAACUUCAGAAGAAGGCCGGAUGAGGCCCUCGGCUUUCACACUCAGCUCUACCGGGAAAGGAGGGAGAGGACUGAACAUAAGCUGAAGAGACAGUGAUCGCCAUGCAACAUGGCGCAGCCUCCUGGAGACGAGAACACACGGCUGACGCGUGUGUAAAAGGAGGAAAAGGAUUCUCUAAAGGAAAAGAGAAGAAAGACAAAACUCAUAAAAAAAAAAACAAGAGGGAAAUCGGCAGUUUUGUUGCAUUUUACACUGACGAUGGAAUCUAAUGAAGUGCCUUUUUUAAAGAGAUGUUGACCGACGACUUUUCUUAUCAAGGGGGCGCUGUUUCACAACAAUGCCAAUGUGGAUAAAAAACACUUUCAGCUGGCUACUGGAAAAGCAAAAAAGUAUUCUCAUCAUUCUUUUUUAAACUGUGGAUGUUUUUUUCCCCUUGACAUAGUUUAUCAAAUAAUACAUUCAUGAAUGUUGUCUAAUACCUUUGUACACCAAAUGUGCUAUUUAAAAUCACCAUAAGUGUUCCUUAUUCCUACAAAAAAAAAACGCUUUUGUGAAAUUAUAGCGCUUAUGUUAUGUAAAGGACUCGAUUAUGUUGUCGUGCUGCCCUCAACCAAAUGAGGAAUCAGCAUCGAGGACCCUCCACGCCGAGGACCCUUAGUGGAGUUUUGUAUCACAUAAAUAGAAUAAUAAGCCUUUAUAAAGAGUCUGUCUUCAGUCUUCAAAUCCAGAGGCACACAUCAUGUUCUGAAACAUGGUUCUAUAGCUUUGCUAUUGGUAGUUCUUCAGAUUCCAGGUUAAUAAUACACCGAGAUCUGGGGGAAAUUUCACCAAAGUGCUCAGUUAACUGCUGGAGAUCUUCUUUGUGGCGGCAGCUUUUCAAAAUACCAAGUAACCACCUUUCAUUAGCAGCCUUCACAGUGUGUCUUGGAUGUCUUGUCAAGAUAAAUGUUUAUUGAUAGAUUUUUAUACAGAGAAUUUUAUAUUUCUUUUUGAUUCCUCGCAAUUAAGAACCUAUCGACAAAGCCUUUAUCCACCGAUGGAAAUCAAUGUCCAUCAUCAGUUUCAAAUGGAAAGAAGGGAAGUGUGGUUCAAGUAACCUGUAUUUUCUGCUCGUGUAUGUCCAGUGCAUCACCUACGAUAAGUUGCUACUGCAUGUUUACUGUUCCUAAUCACUCAUCUGUUGCUGCUGUGCUGUAGCUCAGAGUUUUCCUGGUCAUUUUGUUUCAUUCUGCACACUUCAUUUGUUUCUGUUUUUGUGGUCGACUGACAAUCAGCCAUUGAGAGAAUGUAUUUUGUGAAACACUCAAAAAGACUUGAACGUAACGGCUGUUUAGGCACAGAUACAUGUAAUUUAUAUUUUCAAGCUGCUCACGACCUCCUGACUUGGUUUGUACUGACGAGUGAAACACGAUGCUGUCAUCCCGCCAGCAGUGCUCUUCAUAUGUUUUUCAUUGUAUGUUCAACAGGAGACCAGCCACAGUCACAGACGUGUCUACAUGAGAUGCAUUGAAGAAGUGUCCUAACAAUACGAUUGAUUUAUACUUUUUUAUUUUUUACAUCUUUAAUGCCAACAGUGGACCAAAGAAUACGGAGGGCCCCAUCGGCUGCAAUAAUGUUAUUUUGUAACAUUAACACAAUAUUUGUCUGUGUUGAUGGUUGUGUGUGUCGACAGCCGAUUUUUUUUAAUAGAGAAAAGUUGUUUUGUCUGUCUGUGAAUGUCUCUGUGUGUGUUCCAGCUUUAAUGUGCACAUAAUAUCAUAUUUAUAACAGUUUUUUAUUUUGUAUUUUACAAUGUGAAUGUCUGGGAUGCUUGUGAAUUUUUUUUUUUUAAACGAAAAUCAAACUGUUUUUUUUCCUGCUUUAAAUCACCAGAGAAACCAAAUAAAUAUAUGGAUAUUAUAAAUAAA